UGGGGCAGCUCUUCUUUCUCAGCCCACACUUAUUAGGGACUUUAUAAGUAAUGAUCAAAUGAACAAUGCUUCUUACUCCUAGUGUGGACAACUGUCACCUGGAAUCACCAUGUUCUCCUGCAACACCAGCACUUCUGGCCAGUCUACCUUCCUCCUCACUGGUUUUCCAGGCCUGGAAGCCUCUCAUCGCUGGGUUUCCAUCCCCAUCAACCUCAUCUGUGUGGUUUCCAUCCUGGGUAACAGUAUCAUCCUCUUCCUGAUCUGCACAGACAUAGCUUUACAGGAACCCAUGUACAUCUUCCUGUCCAUGCUGGCAGCCUCUGAUCUGGGCCUCUGUGCCUCCACCUUCCCCACCAUGGUGCGUCUCUUCUGGCUGGGAGCUCGUGAGCUGCCCUUUGAUCUCUGUGCAGCACAGAUGUUCUUCAUCCAUGUCUUCACCUAUGUGGAAUCCGUGGUACUGCUGGCCAUGGCCAUUGAUCGCUUUAUUGCCAUCCGGGACCCUCUGCAUUAUGCCACAAUCCUUACCCGCUCAGCCACGGCCAAAGUGGGAACUGCCAUUCUGGUAAGGGCUGUUCUACUCAACCUCCCAGGACCUAUCCUCCUGCAGCACCUGCUCUUUCCCCAGAUCGGUGUGCUUUCUCACUGUUACUGCCUGCACUGUGACCUUGUCACAGACCUUGCCUGCUCAGAUACCCAAAUCAACAGCCUGGUUGGCCUGGUUUCCAUCCUCUUCUCACUGUGCCUUGACUCCUCCAUCAUCAUGCUCUCAUAUGCCCUGAUCCUACGAACAGUGCUGGGCAUUGCAUCACCUGGGGAACAGCUCAAGGCACUCAACACAUGUAUGUCACACCUCUGCAUUGUUCUCAUCUUUUAUUUGCCCAAACUGGGGCUUUCUGUGUUGCACCGAGUAGAGAAACACAGCUACACUUCUCUGGCAGUGCUCAUGGCCAACCUACACUUCUUGGUCCCACCCUUCAUGAACCCCAUUGUGUAUUCCAUCAAGUCUAGGCAGAUCCGUCAUAGCCUCCUAAAGCACCUCCAGCAGAAGAGGAUUGAUGCUUUCUAGAACAGCAGAAGGAUCCUGACACAUGACCCUGGGACUUGGGGGUGGAGGAGGACUUGCUCUAGAGAGUUGAUUUUUGAGGUUUUUGGGUGAUUCAGCCCUGUUGCAGUUUUUGGAGACUAAAAGUGUCGUAAAGCUUAUUAAAGUAUCACCUUGAUAAUCUCAUUGCUCUGAUUAGAAAUGAGUUAUCUCAAACUCAUAUAUGCUAUGAUAUCUCCUUAUCCAGAGGGCUUAACUAAACAGAAUGUGUGCAUCUAUGUGUACAGGUACCUCUCCCCUCCCCUGAAUUUUUCUUUCUUGUUUGACUUAUAAGCCUGUGGAUGAGCUGCAGUAAACUAUAUUUGCCUUAAUACCAGCCCUCUUUUCUCAAAUUUAAUAUUAACCGGCUCAUCUAACAAGAAUCUGAAAAGGGAGGUGGGUGGUAGGGAAACACAUGUGACAACAGUAUACAUACCAAAUUUAUUUGCAGUUAUUUGCAGCUUAGGGAGUGGUAGUUUCCUCUUGGUUCUCUAUUUCUGAUUGCGCAAUAGAGACAGUUUGGCAUUGCCAAGUCUAGGGAAGUUGCUCACUAUAACUUCUGGAUAGUGCUGGUUUCUCAGGUAACCAAUGGUAAGGGUGGAAUAGUCAUCCACUUUCACAGCUGUUGAUCUGCUAAAAUGUCAGCUCCACAAGGUCAGGGAUUCAGGGUUAUUUUGUUCACUGAUGUAUUCCCAGCUCCAAGAACAAUGUCUAUCAUAUAGUAAGUGCUUAAUACAUAUCGUUGAAUAAACGGGUAGGGUAGAGGCAGGAGCAAAAAUUUCUUGACAAUGGAUCCUCAGGAAGGGAGGGGACUGAGCCAUCUGAAUGUCUGAGCUCUGUGGGGUAACAAGCAGUUGAUAAACUGAAGUGUAAUGAGAUAAAGAUAAUGUCAGAAGCACUGGGGACAAGGUGUAAUUCUCUAUAAUACAUGGUCAGAAGACUGUCUCUAAGGAUGCAGCUCAGAGAGGAGCUAAGUUUAUUGUGGUGCUUUUUCCAAAGCUGCUUUCAAACUUCU